UGUGACCGGAUGGUGUUUGUUUGGGUAGAGGAAGUUUUGUUUUCGAGUUUUCCGUCUGUUUCGACUCACUAGGUUUCCAGUUAAUGCUCCGAGAAAAGCGAGACAUGAUAUAGUUGUGCGCUGCAUUAAAUAUUAAGUAUUCACGGAGAGAGGGAGAUCAGUGGCGGCUUGAAUCGGCGGAGCUCCAGCCAACAGUAACUCGAGAGGAGCACCUUGCGGCUAGGCUAACGUUACCCUGCUAGUUAGCUGCUGCUCGGCGUUGUAAAGUGAAGGGGCUCUCCGAGCAAACGAAGCCAUGGGGAACCGGGGCAUGGAGGACCUGAUUCCCCUCAUCAACAAACUUCAGGACGCUUUCAGCUCCAUUGGCCAGAGCUGUAACUUGGACCUUCCUCAGAUCGCCGUGGUCGGCGGACAGAGCGCAGGAAAAAGCUCCGUCUUGGAAAAUUUCGUUGGCAGGGACUUUCUUCCCCGUGGAUCCGGUAUUGUUACCCGCAGACCUCUGAUUCUGCAGCUGGUCAAUAAUAAAGCAGAAUACGCCGAAUUCCUGCACUGCAAGGGGAAGAAGUUUGUGGAUUUUGAGGAAGUGCGGGCGGAAAUUGAAGCAGAGACCGACAGGAUAACAGGCUCCAAUAAAGGCAUCUCUCCCAUCCCCAUUAACCUGAGGGUCUACUCCCCGCACGUGCUGAACCUGACCCUGAUCGACCUCCCGGGGAUGACGAAGGUCGCAGUGGGAGAUCAGCCGGUGGACAUCGAGCACCAAAUCCGAGACAUGCUGCUGCAGUUCAUCACCAAGGAGAGCUGUCUGAUCCUGGCCGUCACUCCUGCCAAUACCGAUUUGGCCAACUCGGAUGCUCUGAAGAUCGCCAAGGAGGUUGACCCACAGGGUCUUCGAACUAUUGGCGUGAUCACCAAAUUAGACCUGAUGGAUGAAGGGACAGAUGCAAAGGACAUCCUGGAAAAUAAACUGCUCCCACUGCGUAGAGGUUAUAUCGGCGUAGUGAACCGCAGUCAGAAAGACAUUGAUGGGAAGAAGGACAUCCGUGCCGCUCUGGCUGCUGAGAGGAAGUUCUUCCUGUCUCACCCGGCCUACAGACACAUAGCGGAGCGGAUGGGCACGCCGCAUUUACAAAAGACACUCAACCAGCAAUUGACCAACCACAUCAGGGACACGCUGCCCGGCCUGCGCAGCAAGCUGCAGAGUCAGCUCCUCUCCCUGGAGAAGGAGGUGGAGGAGUACAAGAACUUCCGACCAGAUGACCCAACGCGGAAGACCAAGGCCUUGCUGCAGAUGGUGCAGCAGUUUGGGGUCGACUUUGAGAAAUGCAUCGAGGGCUCCGGGGACCAAGUGGACACAAACGAGCUUUCGGGCGGUGCCAAGAUCAACCGUAUCUUCCACGAACGCUUCCCUUUCGAACUUGUAAAGAUUGUAUUCGAUGAGAAGGAGCUAAGGCGGGAAAUCAGCCAUGCGAUCAAGAACGUCCACGGUGUCAGAACGGGGCUCUUCACCCCCGACCUGGCUUUCGAGGCGAUUGUCAAAAAGCAGAUCCUCAAGCUCAAAGAGCCCAGCCUCAAAUGUGUGGACCUUGUGGUGUCUGAGCUCACCGCACUCGUCAUGAAGUGUGCUGUCAAGCUCAAUUCCUACCCCAGGCUGAGAGAGGAGACCGAGAGGAUUGUCACCACCCACGUCCGAGAGAGAGAGGGCAAGACCAAGGACCAGGUUCUGCUGCUGAUUGACAUUGAGCUGUCCUACAUAAACACCAACCACGAGGACUUCAUCGGAUUUGCUAACGCUCAGCAGAGGAACACGGCCGCAAACAAGAAGAGGGCCAUACCCAACCAGGGUGAAAUACUGGUGAUCAGGAAAGGCUGGCUAACCAUAAACAUCAGCAUCAUGAAAGGAGGCUCCAAGGAGUACUGGUUUGUCCUCACCGCUGAGUCCCUGUCCUGGUACAAGGACGAGGAGGAGAAAGAAAAGAAGUACAUGCUGCCUUUGGAUAAUCUGAAGAUCAGAGACGUUGAGAAAGGCUUCAUGUCCACCAAGCAUAUCUUUGCAAUCUUCAACACGGAGCAAAGGAACGUGUACAAGGAUCUGCGCCAGAUAGAACUGGCCUGCGAUUCUCAGGAGGAUGUGGACAGCUGGAAAGCAUCGUUUCUCCGAGCGGGAGUGUAUCCAGAGAAGGACCAGGUGGAGAACGAAGAGGCGGCCCCCGCAGACACCUUCUCCAUGGACCCUCAGCUGGAGCGGCAGGUGGAAACCAUCCGCAACCUGGUGGACUCCUACAUCGGCAUCAUCAACAAGUCCAUCAGAGACCUGGUGCCCAAAACCAUCAUGCAUCUCAUGAUCAACAGUGCGAAGGACUUCAUCCACGCGGAGCUGCUGGCCUACCUCUACUCCUCUGGGGACCAGAACAGCCUGAUGGAGGAGUCGGCCGACCAGGCCCAGCGCAGGGAUGAAAUGUUACGCAUGUAUCACGCCCUGAAGGAGGCGCUGCACAUCAUCGGCGACAUCACUACCAGCACCAUCUCUACUCCCGUACCGCCACCUGUCAACGACAGCUGGAUCCCUGACGCCAGCCCAACCCCCCAGCGUCGGCCGGCGCCCGCGUCGGCCCCGCCCCCGAGCCGCCCGCCCGCCGUCAGGGGCCCAACACCGGGGCCCCCCCUGAACCCUUCGCCAGCGUUUGGAGCUCCGCUCAACCCCACCCCGGCCUUCGGCGCCCCCCCGAUCCCCUCCCGCCCGGGCCCGCCCAUCAAUGCCUUCAACAGCAGCCAGGAUCCCUUCAGCGCGCCGCCGCAGAUCCCCUCCCGGCCAGCCCGCAUCCCUCCCGGCGUGCCCAGCCGAAGACCUCCUGGCGCUCCCUCUCACCGGCCCACCAUUAUCCGCCCUGCUGAGCCCUCCCUGCUAGACUAGACCCGUGGCCAAGCCCACCUAAGCGCGUGUUGUUUUGUGUGCGGAUGUGUCUUAUCUACACGCCGUAGGCCUGUGGCGGGGCGGGGGGGGGGAGGGCAGGGUGGAGCUCGAGGGGAGGGGCUGACUGUUAGCGGCGCUCAACGGGCGCCACCCAGCUGUAUUCAUAUGUCUAUUCAAGCAUUGUUAAUAAGCUGCUAAUACUGUCUUUAUGAGUGCAUGUGAACAGAAGCCCGAAACCACUUGAAUAUUAUAUUUGACUGAAGACAAAGUGAAACCGCCCCCCCUCCCUCCAGAACAUGAAUGCAUUCGUCCUCUCUCAGGAGGCGACACUGCAUCCGAGUCGUUUUAAUUCGAUUGUGAUUCCCGUUGUAAAAUGGUUACUGAGAGCCGUGGUCCGUCUGUCGCAGUAACUUAUUAACUGAUACAUUCGGACUUUCCGACUCCACACACAGUCCACGAUGUUCACGUCUCGAGCGCCGCGUUAAUGUUUUACUGGGUUUUCAUAUCAUAACUGGUUUCAUACUGAAAAACCAUAGCUUAUUAUCACUGUUGGUAUUUUUUUUUUUUUUUUUUUUUUUUGCUGGCGUCAGUGGUAAUUUCCUCGCCCUCUGUUAUUUUAUUCGAGUGACUUUGUCCUUUUUAAUGACCGUUCUAAAUGUAGCUUUAAAUUAAAUCCCUAAUCGCAGCAGAAGCAGACACAGGACAGGGUUUUUUCGACUAAAUGGUGAGGAGUGGAUUCAGACCCCGCCUUCCCCCCCCCCCCCCCCCCCCCCCCCCCCCACUGUGAAUUAUCCCUCCAGGAUGAGAAGAUGUCAGCCAGGUCGGCCCGCAUAAUCCAAGCACUUCUUAACCAUUCUAGCCUUACGACAAGCCUCGUAGUACAGGAGUAGUUUGUUACCAGAACACUAUGCACAAAACCCGGACUGCAGGCUUGUGGGAAGCUUCCUCCACCCGUUCUGAGUCGUGAUUUUUUUUAAUCCCUCUUUUUGUCACAGUCGACAGAGUCUGGAGCCGCCGAGUAGAGUUUGUUGACUCCCGGAUUAUUUGAUUCAAAUCGAGCAGGGAGCGCAGAGUUUUCACUCCGAGAGGAUCGCACUCGGUGACGCUGCGGUUCGUGUUCUUCCCUUCAGAUAAGAGUUUAAGAACGAAGCGAUGGACGUAAGCAAAGAGGAGACGCCGCAUCGCUUCCUCUUUAGUCAUCAAAGGCAUUUAUUAUGGCGAUCCAGGGUAUAGCGCCGUUGUAUAUAGCUAGGCUGUCCUCAGGAGUCGGUCGACAUCGCGUCGUGCAACAAUAAGUUGCUGUCGAUCAAAUGUUUGAAUUUCACCUGUCCUCAAAUUGAAUUAAAGCGCGAAGCACUGACGUUUGAACCAACUCCAGCGUGCAGAAAAACAGGCCGCUCGCCUCCUCAUGUAUUAUUUAUAAACGAGGCGUUUGUCUCACGAUGCUUUUCGCUCGCGAUUCGAUCGGAUCCGUUUCGAUGCUACGUCGAGGCUCCGCUGCAGGGAUUAGCCGUCUCCACGCGCUGGGAGUGAACUUAGGUCUCCACAUACAGUGAUGAUUUGCUGAAUACUCUUUGAGCGUUUUUUUUUUUUUUUUUUUCUUCCUCGACAUGUAGAGGGGACGGAUUAAGGUGGGAGUGAUGUUGGGCUUCACGAGAGUUUUCUGGGUUUUGGUUUGAUGACUGGUGGUGGUGGGACUGCUAGUGUGUUAAAGUGCAUCCUGUCCAGAGAAACUGUCCAAAUUCCUCUGAAUUAGAGAAGUAAUUAGCUCACUUUGGCAAAUUAAUUUAUGAAGCUCCCCCUGAAUCAGAUUCUUGAGACAGAAUGUGCUUUUAUUUUAUUAUUAUUAUUAUGCCUUUCUCCAGGCCCGGCUCGCUGUGACAGCACAAUAAAGGAAGAAAUGCUUUUUAAGAGACUGGCUCGAUAUUCAAAUCAAAGCUCUUUUACGUUAGAUUUCCUGCAAUCAUGUAGGACACUAAAGUCAGCAGUGAAAUUGAUGGAAAAACUUGCGCUGGUAGAAUGUGUUUUAACGCUCGUCGCUGCCGCCCGGCCUGGAGAAACCCCAGACUGUAAAUGUCUCAUACUUUAGCCUGUGGGAAUACUGCCCUCCCUCCGCUCUCCCUCCCCUCUCUGUAUCUGUAGGAAGGGGUUCUGAACCGACCCUUUUUGUUUUUCCCCAAACCUGUUGUCAAGUGCCUCUGUAGCAAAAACAUUUGAUUUGAAUAAAACAACGUGAAGUGAUUGAGAAAGGAAAGUAAAUAAAGAGGUGUUGUGUACAAUAAAGGGACUGGCUCUGGU